AUGGCACCUGUGUCUGUUUCAGAUGAGCAGCCGUGUCCCAAAGUGGACAUGGUGUUUGAUAAGGAGUGGAGCCAAAGCCUGUGGCGAGACGACAGAAUAGACAGUAAAGACAGAACAGAGGAGAAAGAAACGCCAGGAUCAUCAAUGACCCAGCAUCAGGUCAGUCCACUUUCCAUCAGAGGUUUUUACACAUGCUGUUGAGAUGGUUGGUUGUGAGAUAUACAUAUCUAUUGAGACAUGUUUUGGUCAUUAAAAAACCCUAAUCAGAGCCAUGACAAAGGAUGGGAAAGGAAAGGGAAGAAAAAUACAACAGUCAAAUAAUCAAACCCAAACAAUGGAAAAGUUAUUCAAGAAAGAACCUGGCCCAGCCCUCCCAAGUGUCUCCCAAGGUCCAGCAGCAUCUGGAAAUGAACAACAAAGUCAAUCCCCUAAAAAGACAGCAAAGACCUAUACAUAAAAAAAAACUGAAGCUUAUUGAACGUACAGAAAUGCCUGUUGUAUCGACAUAGGCCUCAGACUACCAGGCAGGCUACCAAGUCCCUCUACGUGUUUAUUUACAUACAAUUGGUCGUCUUUUUACAGAACGGAGGUCUACUUCAGUGCAGUAAGCUGAAUCCCUCCUCUCCCAUCCUCAAAGUCUUCUGUGACCCUGAACGAGACACGUAUCCUGACUACCGACUAAAGAGGGAAUCUCUGAAUUAUCUGUUCUCCUUGGCCCUGACUGGUCAAGACAGACAGACGGCAACGUUCAAGAUCCUCGUCUUUAUUUACUGGUUGGCCCACGGAACCUCCUAUAAAACUGUCUCUGAGACUUUCGGAAUCCCUCUGUCCAAUGCCACCAGCAUCGUCCGCGAUGUUGCGGACAAACUGGUCAAGCUCUCCCUGAAGAUUGUGAACAAGCCCUCUUCAGGCGAGCUGGCCCUCACGGUGGAAGGGUUCGGCAAGCUGGCCCAUCACCCGGUGUUUGAGAAAGCUGUGGGGGCCAUAGGUGGGUGCCACGUCAGGGUCAAGAUCCCCGGUGCACCGCAACCCCAACAAUGUCCAGGUGACCGGCCCCUCCCCACCAUCAACUUCCAAGGGGUCUGCGACCACACGGGCAGCUUCAUCGACGUCUUCGCAGGGCUGCCUGGGUCUAUGACCGACGUGAGGGUCCUGAGGCACAGUCCCCUUUACAAAUGUGCCCUCUACCCUCCACCUGGAUGCUUCCUCCUGGGCAACGGUGGGUACCCUUGCCUACAGACGCCCGUGUGCCUCAUCACACCCUAUUCAAAGUCUGACCAGAACCCGGCGCACGUCCAGUUCAACCAGCACCACGCCAUGGCUCUCUCCUCCAUCGAGAGGACCUUUGGAAUCAUGAAGAAGCGCUGGCACACUAUCUUCCUGCAGCCUCUUGAGCUCCACCCGAGCUUCAUCCCCAAAGUGCUAGCGGUGUGCACCGUGCUGCAUAACAUCUGCCUCAGGUCGGGAGACGUGCUGGAGCCAGUGAAGAUUGAGGACGGAAGCAAGGUGACAGAGGUUCUGAAGGAGUGGCUAGCAUCCAAUGAGACCAGCGGAGAGGCGUUGAGGGACAGUUUGGCUAAACAGAUCUCUACAAUGAAAUGCAUGGCCACCGUGAAAGAUGAGCGAGGUACAUCUGCACCGGCAAACAUGACGGCAGUGCAAAAAGAACAUGCUUACAACAUAGUGGUGAUGGAACAUUGAUUGGGUGAUCACAAUUGAUGGGUCGAAUAAAUCACCAUCAGUCACUGAUUACACCACUGGCUAACUGUGAUACUUUAUGAGCCCAUAAGUGGUGGUGGAACUGUUACUGCUGACAUUUGACUUUUUCACUGAAACAAUUAAGCAUAGUAACCUCAUAUGCCAAUGCUUCUAUACCAUGUCAAAGAUCAUCCACUUUAUUUCAAAUAUUAUUUCCUUUAUACCGUACACAGUAUAGUGAAACACGAUUGGAUUAUGUUUUUGUGAGUGGUGUAAAUGAGUGGGGCAGGUAUUCGAACUUGUUACUAACUUGUUUUUGAUCAAUUCAGUGCUUAUUACAAGUGUGUUCUACUCAAUGAGUUAUACUGUAUAUACACUAGAUGACUGAUAGGGGGCGCUGUGUUGAAGCCACCUUGCCUCCGUUUUGGCACGCUC